AAGCGGCAAGGGAGACUGUUUCGUCUGACUUCUGAGAUUGAUUAAAGUUUUAUAAGUUUUUAACGGGUUUGUUCCGGACUGCUCUGGUGACAAGGAGUGAUCCUGGUUCCGGAGUGAACACCCGCCUUUCCCGGCGCCGGGUCGCUGUUAGCUUCGGAGUGAGGAACCUUCAGUCAGUUUUAUUUCCAUUAAAAACAUGUCGGCAGGAGACCUGAGAGCAACGUUUCUGUACAACCUGCCGGCCCCCGUCCUCUGGGACUUCUGCCGGGUUAUGGAUGGACUGUCAGACCUGGACUGGACCCGCUUCGCCUCAGAGGUCCUCGGGGAUCAGACCGCCGUGCGAUUGGCUGAGAGGAGGGAGAGGAGGACCGACUGGGUGAUGAACAGAUUGGAGAACAGGAACCAACGUGUUGGGGAGCUGAUCGACCUGUUGGAGCAUCUGCAGCUGCUCCACCCUCGUGAUGUCAUCCUAGACUGGGCAUCCAGACUGAGGCCUUCCUCUCCUCCUCCUCCUCCUCCUCCUCCUCCUCCUCCUGCUCCUCCUCCUCCUCCUCCUCCUCCUGCUCCUCCUGUGUCUCUCUCCCAGUUUGACCAUCAGAAGUCUAAUGAACCACCCACACCAAACACCUGCCAGCUGAACGCAACAGUUGAUAAAGGACCACUCCCCAGACCUGCGCCGCCCCCCCCCAGUCUGCAUUCUGACUUCAACCAACCCCGGCAGCCCCCCCCAGUCGUGUCAGGGGUGAUGUGCUGGUCAUAUGAAGAGGUGCAUGCUGGGACGGAGGGCUUCUCCCCCUCCCUGCAGGUGGGCGAGGGCGGGUUUGGAGUUGUAUACAGAGCGACUCUGAGGAACACCGACUGUGCUGUCAAGAGACUCAAACAGGACUGUCUGUUGGACUGGGCUCUGCUGAAGGACAGCUUUCAGACUGAAGUGGAAAAAUUGACAAAGUUCAGGCAUCCAAACAUCGUAGAUCUGCUGGGAGUCAGUGAAGGAGGAGGAUCAGUGUGUCUCAUCUACAGCUACAUGAACAACCGAUCGCUGGAGGAUCAGCUCCACAACGAGUGUAUGACCCUCUCGUGGUCUCAGAGAGUUGCUGUUGUUGAAGGAGCAUCAACAGCUCUGCAGUUCCUUCACUUUCCCCCCGAAGGAGACAAACCCCUCAUUCAUGGAGACGUCAAGAGCUCAAACAUCCUGUUGGACUGCCACCUGGUGGCGAAGCUGGCAGACUUCGGUCUGGCUCGGUCUGUGUCUCGCGGCUCGUCAGGACGCUCAGCGUCUCAGACGGUGUCUGUGGGUAAAACAUCGACAGUUAGAGGAACACUGGCAUACCUGCCUGAUGAAUAUGUGAGGGAAGGAAAGAUAGGGACCACUGUGGACGUCUUCAGCUUUGGAGUGGUUUUGUUGGAGGUCCUGACUGGUCGACGAGCUCUGGAGAAAAACAGGAAUUCAGGAGGGAGAUACCUGAAAGAUCUGGUGAAGGAGGUAGACGAAGGUCCGUCUGGUUCCUCUGAAGCAGCCUGGAGGAAACAGCUGGACCACCGGCUGAUCACAGGGGGCGCUGCAGAGCCUGUUGGUUGCAUGAAGAUGGUGAAGUUGGCGCUCAAUUGUCUGGACAAGAAUAGGAAGAAGAGACCGGCAAUGACAGAGGUGUUUGACAGACUUCAGGACAUCCACAACACCGUGAGGAAGGCCAGCUCCUCAUUCCCCCUCCGUCGCCCUCAUCUUCAACCCCCCUCCCAGUCCUUCCCAAGACCCCCCCGCCCACUGGACUCUAGUGUGGGAGCUCUGUCCCAACAGCUGUCCAAACUGGGACCGCUGGAGGACACCUAUCAGCCCUCCCAGUUUUCUUCAUCCUCCUCCUCUUUCUGCUCCCUCACCCCUCCUCACCCGCUGCACUCUUCCUCUUCCCUUCCUGCCACCUUCUCUUCCCUCCCUGUCACCUCCUCUUCCCUCCCUCCCUCCUCUUUUGCGGGUCCCUGUGAAACCGACGAGAGUCGAGGCUUUUCCCAGUACGACCUUUGCUCCCAGUUCAGAUCUAAGGGGACCAGCUCCAGGUCUUUGUCUCCAUCUACCAGAGACCAGUAUGACAGUCCAACUGGGCCUGACAACUCCCAGCACAGCCAGGCUUCUGUCCCCACUGAGGACCAGUACAACUUCCCUCCCCAGCCCAGCAGCACCAGUGACAGGUCUGGGGCUUGGGCCCUCACAAGCCCAGACACCAGACGGCAGACCACAGCAGGAGCCACAGCUGGACUCUGUGGUGUCCCAGAAUCCCUCUCUUCUGUGCAGUCCCUGCAUUCAUUGCCCCUGGGGCCCUCAGUCCACAUGAAUCCCAGUAAGGAGCGUUUCCUGCAGAAGAAAAUUCUGUACGAGGAGGGAAGGAUUCGCACUCCUGAGCUGCUGUCGUCUGACGAUCUCUAUGGAGGGAGGAGUUCUGUGGAGGUCCGAGGACCAGAGGAGAGCGAUGAGCUGGAUUAUCUUCCUGCUAAACAUGACUGACUGGUUGUUGUAGCGCCUCAACAUGAACCAGCCUGCAGAGUGCAUCACGUCUCUGAUGGACUCUUCUCAUCAUGUUUGUGUUAUAAAGUGCUGGACGUGGACCUGCAGGAGGCUGCCGGGUCAUGCAGUUUCACAGACUUCAGACGUUUGUUGGAUCCAGCAGCUGUUCGAGCAUCUGUGGAGACGUUCCAGCUCUGCAAUGACAAACAAAACAAGGAAAUGAUCGUGUCGCCUCUACAGUAACGUGAACAGUUUUUGAACAAACAUGUGAAGCAGCACUGAAACAUUCCUCUCCACUACACAGAAGCAUUUUCACAGUUUAUACAAAUCAGUCACACAGGAAUCACAGCAGAGGUCCACACGGAGGUCCGACCCCAUGUCCUGCUGCACUGACUCUGCUUUCUAUGACACUGCUGCACUGAAAACAGUCACGUCAGCUUCCAUAUUUAUUCCUACCUGUUUCCUGAUGUUGACACAAACUUUUCUUUAUUUUAAGUCUUUGUCAUAAAAUGCUGAAAUAUAUCAUAUUUAAAUAGUGCAGCUGAUUUAUUUUCAUUCUGUCAUUCCAGUUUUUUAUGUUUUGAUAUUUAUUGUUUUUCAGAUCUGACAGUCGUACAAAAACAGCAUACUGUCAAACCAGCGGUUGUCAUGUUUAUACUACAUUCAGUUCAUUACUCUGUUGAAAUGUUGAUUGAUGGAAAUAAUCCAGUUUUUGUCACAGAUAAUUUCUUUGACUCUCAAAAGGUUAAUAAUCUGCCUCUGAAGGAGAACUGAUGAGUCAUCCAUUGUGUUCCACGUUUUGCAGAAUUCUUCCUCUGAUGUUUCGGAUGUGAUUUCCUUUCAGAAAUUAUCUAAAUGUGCCUUUAUUAAUGAAUGCCUUUAUUUGUUAAUGAAUCGUUUAUGUACAGAUUGUGUCUAUGACAAGUUUUAGGUUGCCAGAUUGUGUCCGCUGUCCGUCCUCCUCCGCCAGCACACUUUUUAGUUCCUCAGUUAGACCCUUCUAAUUAACUGUUUGACCUCUGACCUUCAAUAACAACUGCAUAUUAUCUGGAACAAUUUCCAUUUACUAACUUCAUUGACAUUUACGACACUGUGAGAAUCUGUUAUUGACAUUUCAACGUUUAUUAUUAUCAAUGGUUUUCUAACUUUUACUGAUUACUUGUUACAAAGUUAGAAACCUGUCACACUUUAUCAACUCAAGCUAUUUCACAACCUGGCAACCCAAAAGUUGUUCUCUGCAUUAGUUGUAAGCGCUAGCAAACUAUUUUAUAACCACUAUUGAAGACAUUUACAUUUCAUAAACCAUUUACAGGUUUAUAGGGUGGCUUUCUAGAAGUGGUACAUCUCAGGUGCUACAGUGCUUUUAUUGUCAUGUAUGUUGUCCCAGCGGUUUAAUUUUGGACUUUCUCAAACAGUACUGCUGUGUUAAUGAGCCAGUUUUCCAGCGAGAACAGACUCUGAUGACCUACUGUUCACGAUGGCAGGGACAUACUUCAGAGUAACUCACCUGUGUGAAAUCACGUGGUUUGCAAGCAGUAAAACAGACAACGUUGUUUCCUGGAGAAAAACAAA